AUGGAGCUCGGUUUAGUUGAUCAUCUCAGUAACUCUUCGAAAAAAGGCAUCUGCCUCCAUGCCGCAUUGUUUCAGGUAUCGGGUCUGGUGCUCGCUUUCGUUGGCGUCAACGAGUUGAGGUCGCUCGAACACUCGACCCGGGUUCAUUUGCUAGCUACCUACUUGCUGUUGGCAGCCGCGGGCUUCCUCCUAGUGGUCUGCUCCCUGGGAUGCCUUGCAAUUUGGAGACUCCAUCGUGGCAUGAUAGCAUGGUACGGAUGGUUUCUGGUCAUGGUACUCCUGGUUGAAGCGGCUUGUGGACUGCUGUGCUUCUACUCAUAUGGAUACGUGAAGAACGAGUUGCGGCAUCAAUUCCGGUCGCUUUUCCUCGACGAGUAUGGGAAAAAUGAUCUGACAACCUACCGCAUCAACAGGAUGCAGAGAAACUUGAAGUGCUGCGGUAUCGACGGUUUCGAAGACUGGGAGAAGUCCGAAUGGCGGAAAGGCAAUCCGAAGAGCUUCGUGAACAUUGUUCCAACCUCGUGUUGCAAAACAUGGUCAUUUCUCUGUGGCAAAUGGGAUAUCCCCAACAACAUAUUUUAUGAUGGCUGUACGACUGUGAUAGCUCAGGGCAUAGUACGCAAUCUUUCCUACAUCGCCGCCCUCGGUGCCCUAGUCUGUUUUCUUCAGGUCCUCGGCGUAAUUUUCGUCUGCAUUCUCUACAACAAACUCCGAUACUACGAGCGUCCCAGCGUCGCAGCAUAUUCGGUUCAUCGGAACAAAUAUCAUUGUUACCAAUACGCCUGAAAGAGCCCCGCAAAGCUGAAUUCUUGAGCACAGAUUCGGAACAAAGAUCUGAGGGAUCAUCUGGCUGCCCGAGAAGCGUGAUCUGACUGGAUGGAGCAUGGCCGAGGAUCGUG